AUGGCAGGGGGGUCUCCGGACCCGGGCCCCCCGCCGGGCCCCCCUCCUUCCCCCCCGCCGCCCUACCUCCGCCUCCCGGUCUUCCUGGACUCCGCUCAGCCGCUGGUGGAGAAGCGGUUCUUCUCUCCGGUCCAGGGAACCGGGUUCGAGCCCCUGCCGGAGCGCGUGCGGGCAGUCCUGCUGCCGGUGCGGGCAAACGGCGCUGCGCGGCGCCGUGCUGCGGGACACGGCGUGAGCACGUGGUGCGAGCCUGACAGGGUGCGCGUGCGGGUGGAGAGGCGCGUGCUGGGCAGCGAGUUGCAGCCGGGGGCGCUCACGCUGGGCGCGUGCACGGCCAGCAGCGCCACCGGAGAGCACCUGUUCUUCGACUAUGACGUCAGCAGGGUGGGAACGCGGCGCACGCUGACUGAGGACCAGGUGGUCUACACCAACACGCUCCGGUACGACCCCCCAGUCCGCCACGGCCCCGUCCGGCGGGCCGCCCCCUUCACCGUGCCGGUGGCCUGCAAGUUCAACAGGUACCAGUACUCCUACAAGGUGGGCUACACCCCCAAGAUCCGGCUCAACAAAGUCUUCAAGCAGAUGCAGAACGGCGCCCGGUUCAUCCUGACGCCCCGGAACGCCCGGUGGGAGCGGCUGUCUCCAUCCCACCGCCACGUCCUCGGGAGGCCCAUGUUCUUCCAGGCCGAGGCGGCGCCCCUCCCCCCCGGCCAGCGCCUCUACGUGCACUCCUGCUACGCCACGCCCGCCGCGUCGCACCGCGCAGCGCCGCAGUUCCCCGUGGUCACCAACUUCGGCUGCAUGGCGGAAAGCAAAGAUGGCCGCUCCAGGUUCUUUCGGCACGAGAACAACGUGGUCCGCUUCUCCGUGGACGCCUUCCUGUUCAAAGGCAUGAUGGGACAGCUCUACAUGCACUGCACCAUGUCUGUGGGAAGCUCCGCCCCCUCGCCCACCGCCAAGUCCUGCAACUACGACAGGAAGUCCAGACGCUGGGUGGAGCUGCUCGGGCCCGACGCCGUGUGCGACUGCUGCGACUCCACCUGCGGCGCUGCUGCCCCCGCUGGUCAGUCCUGCUCACUGCACUCACUGCUCACAGCGGGAGCUGCAGCUAGUUACUGCCUCAACUAG